UGAGCAUAACAUCUUCUAGCAGACUAAAUUUGACCAAAGACUUCAUUAGUGAUUCUGUCUUACCGCUUCAUUGAAGGUCCAACUUCAGUCUAAAGAAUGACUUCCAGAGGUACAAGAAUGAAGGAAUCUGAUAACGAGCAGUCUUCAAAAGACCACUUGGUUCGCAUUUCAAACCCUUUUGUUUCAAGAAUGAAAGAAGACAUCCUGUACCACUUAAAUCUUGGGACUGGAACUCAUGAUUUCCCAGCUAUGUUUGGAGACGUAAAGUUUGUAUGUGUAGGAGGAAGCCCUUCUCGGAUGAAAGCUUUUAUUUCCUAUAUGGCUGAAGAUUUAGGACUCGGACAACCCGGCAUGGAGUAUCCCAAUAUUUGUGCAGGAACUGACCGUUAUGCAAUGUACAAAAUAGGACCUGUGUUAUCUAUCAGUCACGGUAUGGGCGUUCCUUCUAUCGCAAUCCUGUUGCACGAACUCAUUAAAUUAUUGUAUCACGCCAAGUGCUCUAAUGUCACCAUAUUUCGCAUCGGCACCUCUGGUGGCAUAGGACUGGAGCCAGGCACUGUGGUGAUAACUAGAAAAGCGGUAGACGCCUGCUUCAAACCUGAAUUUGAACAGAUUAUUUUGGGGAAACGGGUGGUGCGCAACACGGAUCUCGAUGAAAAACUGGCCGAGGAAUUGACAAAAUGUGCUCGGGAGAUGAACGAAUUCAACACCAUCAUCGGCAAUACAAUGUGCACUUUAGACUUCUAUGAAGGUCAAGCGCGGCUUGAUGGUGCUUUCUGCUCCUACACGGAGGGGGAUAAACAGAAGUAUUUAAAGGCAGCUUACGAUGCUGGAGUCAGAAAUAUUGAGAUGGAAUCGUCAGUCUUCGCUGCCAUGUGUAGCGCUUGUGGUGUCCAAGCCGCCGUGGUGUGUGUCACCCUUCUCGAUCGGCUCGUGGGAGAUCAGAUCGCCAGUUCCCAUGAGGUGCUGGUGGAGUAUCAACAGAGACCACAGAAGCUAGUGGGUUAUUACAUUAAGAAGUGCCUCGGGAAAAUCUGAGCACCUUGUGGUUUUUUAAAACAACGAAUUCUAAGCAGAGUUGCUGUAGUUCUCAGCAAUUAAAACAAUGGAUGCCGUUCUUUUUGUUUGUUGAACUUGGUAAGAAUUUUAAGGACUCAGGUGAGGUAAGCGUCGUGGUCCACCCAUUAAAUCCGAAGCUCUUGAUUAUUAUUAUUAUUUUUUAACCUGGUAGCUUUAUGAACUGCUUUCCUUGAACACUAUUGCACUGGAUUCAUUAACCGUCUCAACAGUAAUCGAAGCUACCUCUUUAAGAAUCUCAAUAUCAGCCCAUGUCUGUCCAGCCUCUCUCUCAUUUCUCCAGAAAGACUAACAGGUUGCUCUGGCCAAGAUUCAGCUGCACAUCCAUCUUACCUUUGGUUUCUAAGUGAGAGCUAACUGAUGGUUUAAAAAAUUUACUCUACGCUUUGAAAUGAGCAUAAUGCGGGCACCAAAAUCAGUUAUCCAUGUAAAUGUCGGGAUGCUAAAACCUUUGGGUUUACAAGUGUUUUCCAUGGUUUUUGUUAAUGGAUUACGUCUGACUUAGGCAGACUCUUCCAGGAGUUAAGAAUUCCUCAGGGGUCAAUUAGUCAUUUAGAGACCAUUUAAGUAAAUUACUCCUUUGGACACAACAUAAUCUCUGAGAAUUGUCCAUUCUUUGCAAAGUGCCUAAAAUACUCCCAAGAGUGACCCAAGGUGAGGCACUUAAAAUGUCGACAGGCUGAAGGUUGCCUUCAUUAUUGAGGAAUUACAAGGUUCUACCAGAUUUAUAUUUUUAAAGAUAAAUUAUUUUACUCUUGUUUGUAAUAAAUAUUCUGCUACUCAUGAUUAGAUUAUUGGGUUACUUAGAGUAACGCUAUGAAAUAAAGGAGAUGAAGGGAUAUUUACUCCCAUAUUUUAAGCCAGAAAGCACUUUUAGCUUUUUUUUUUUUAAUGCGGUGUAUGACCAGAAGGAAAAAUACUGCGGUUCAUUGCAUUCAUUUAAAAUGAUAAAAGAUACACUUGUAUGUUGCACAGCAGAAAGCAUUCAUCAUAGAUGGCAUUAUAUGAAAAUAUUUGUUUAUUAAAACAUAAUUUAUGAA